AUGAAUAUAACACGAGCAGAAACAAGUUAUAAAGUAUGGGCACAAUACAUUGAAAAGUUUUUCCCGAAUUCGUUAUUUAGAUUUGCAUUUUGCAGAAAAGUCAAUAUUGGAAACGUACCAACAAUACUUUCUUUAGUAUGCAAUGAUGCCUACUUACAUCCAUUCCGUGCUGCAAUGCAAGACUUUUAUUAUAAUACCACUUUACCAUGGUUUCUGCGAACUGCAGAUGAUGUUUUCAUAAGUAUUGACAAUUUAUACAAAUUAAUAUAUGAUUUAGAGCAACUUUACGAUCCGAAAAAUGAAAUUGUUGUUAAAGGACAUACAAUAAAUCUUACUGAUAUUGAUUUCUUCAUUCAUGGAGGAUCAGGAUGGCUAUUAUCCCGUGCUGCUGUUAAAGAAUUGCUAUUUAAUGAAAAAUACCUUCCAUUUUCAAUGACAAUAAGCAUUGCAGAUGAUAUUUUAAUCAAUAAAUAUUGGAAACGAUUAGGUGUUACUUAUAAUAGCUCAUAUUCAGACAAAUUUGCAGGAAACGAAAUUGUUCAGCACCAGAAGAAUAUAAUGCCCAAAUUGGACUUUAAGACAUUAUCUACUUGUCCAAAUCAAGAAGAUUUAAUAGAUCCGAGAAACAUUGCAGUUUGGCAUUCAGCUGAUAAUGAAUUAGCCGUAAUUCUUCAUGGAGAUAGAUUCAUAAAGGCUGCACCACCAGAAAUUCGUGCUUAUUUCAACGAAACUCGAAUGUAUUUUUGCAAAAUUUAA